GGAGGAUGUGAGUGAUGAAGAGUGAUGAAGAGUGAGUCAGGAAGAUGAAGAAACCUCAGCUGAUGACGUAGCAGCGGUGGUUUCCCUCAUUUCGCAGGUCGGACAGUUAAAGUUUGACAUGAAGCUGCUGGAACAUUUAACACGCAGCUGUCUCUGAACAAACACAUUAAUAUCUAUAAAGUUACUUUUUAUCGGUUUUAAUAGAACGCGACGCGUUUUCACCGAGUUAUUUUGCGGCAACAAUGUUGCAGAAGUUGCCUAAAGAGGCUGAAGUUGCCCCCGCGAGGAGCCGGUGGGGCUCCGCGGGGCUCGCGGUGCUGCUGCUCGGCGUGCUGGCGGCCCGCUGCCGGGCGGAGGAAGCGUCCUGCCACGGAGCAUACGACCUCUACUUUGUCCUGGACAAGUCUGGAAGUGUCUCCGCUGACUGGGUCGAGAUUUACUCCUUCGUCAGGAACCUCACCGACAGAUUUGUGAGCCCCAGAAUGAGAGUUUCCUUCAUCGUGUUCUCAGCCAGAGCAACAGUGCUGCUGGAUCUGACUGGAGACAGAUACGCUAUAGAGGAGGGUCUGCAGCGUCUGAGGGAGGUGAAACCAGCAGGAGAAACAUACAUGCACGAAGGAAUCAAAGCCGCUUCGCAGCAGAUCCAGAAACAGGGAGUGAAGUCGUCCAGCAUCAUUCUGGCUCUGACCGACGGGAAGCUGGAGGUUUAUGUUCACGAGCUGACGGUGCAGCAGGCUGAAGAGGCGAGGAAAUAUGGCGCCCGUGUUUACUGUGUUGGUAUCAAGGACUUCGACGAGCAGCAGCUCGCUGAUAUCGCCGACACCAAGGACCAAGUGUUUCCUGUCAAAGAUGGCUUCCACGCACUCAAAGGCAUCGUCAACUCUAUAUUAAAGCGCUCCUGCACCGAGAUCCUGAGCGUGGAGCCCUCCAGUGUCUGUGUCAACGAAUCCUUCGACAUCGUGCUGAGAGGAAACGGUUUCUCUCUCGGUCGAACCAACGAAGGCGUCGUCUGCAGCUUCCUGAUCGACCAGCAGACCAUCAAUCAGAAGCCGACUGCGGUCCGUAACGACUACAUGUUGUGUCCGGCUCCGCAGCUCUAUGAAGUCGGACAGACGAUGGACGUCCUCAUAAGCCUCAACAACGGGAAAUCCUUCAUCUCCAGCGCCCACACCAUCUCCGCCUCCACAUGUUCAGACGGGCUGGCGGUGGCCAUCGUCUUCCUGGUGCUCUUCAUCCUGGUGGCUCUGGCCCUCAUGUGGUGGUUCUGGCCUCUCUGCUGCACUGUGGUCAUCAAAGACCCGCCGCCACCUCCUCCACCUUCCCGUCCUCCACCACCUGAGCCGGAGGACCAGCCCAAGAAGAAGUGGCCGACCGUGGACGCCUCCUACUACGGAGGAAGAGGAGCUGGAGGGAUCAAACGCAUGGAGGUGCGUUGGGGUGAGAAGGGCUCUACGGAGGAAGGAGCCCGUCUGGAGAUGGCCAAGAACGCCAUCGUGUCCAUUCCAGAGGAGUCGGAGGAGCCGAUGAUCAAACGGCCCAAACCCAAGGCGGUCCCCACAUACCACCACAACGAGAACAAGUGGUACACUCCCAUCAAGGGUCGUCUGGACGCUGUGUGGGCUCUGCUGAGGCGACAGUACGACAGAGUUUCUCUCAUGAGACCCACCGACGCACAAAAGGGUCGGUGUAUGAAUUUCAACCGUGUGCAGCAUCAGUAGAAGAAGAAGAAGAAGAACUACUGCGUGCUGGAAGAACAAGAGAAGAAGAAUUUCAGGUUGUUUUUUUUAUUUUUGGGUCCUGCAGCUGAAACCACUAAAUGUUCCCUUGUCUCCUUUCCUGGUUCCUUUCCUGGUUCCUUCUGCUCUCUAAAGCACACAGGGUGAAAUGUUAAUAUUAUUAGUCUUUUAUUAAGUUAUUUACCUUUUGUUCUGUCACCAAAUUAUUUCUAUUUUCCGGCCCUGAACGCAGCACUCCAUCCUUUUUAUUUAUUUAUUUACACAUAAUUUUAAAAUCCAAAUGAAAAUUUAAAAUCAUAAUAAACAGCAAAACAUGAUCUUGU